AUGGCCUCCGCCGAGUACACACCAAAGUUCGCGCCCUUCCUGGGUAUGGCAGGCAUUGCAUUUGCCAUGAUAUUCGGAUGCAUGGGAGCAGCAUAUGGCACAGCCAAAUCUGGUAUUGGUAUCGCGAACGUUGGUACCUUCAGACCUGAUCUGAUUAUGAAAUCUUUGAUUCCGGUAGUCAUGUCUGGAAUCAUCGCGGUCUAUGCACUGGUAGUGGCGGUGCUCAUAGCUGGAAACAUGAAGCCACCGCCAGAGAUGGAGUACAGCUUAUUCAACGGCUGUAUGCACCUGGCUUGCGGCCUUUCAGUCGGUCUUACCGGCUUAGCUGCAGGAUACGCAAUAGGUGUGGUGGGAGAUUCGGGAGUACGCGCGUACAUGCAGCAGUCGCGGAUAUUCGUCGGCAUGGUACUUAUACUCAUUUUCGGCGAAGUACUGGGUCUUUAUGGUGCUCAACAUGCACCAAUGCACCGGAAAUUCCGGAUUCAGAAGGACCGCUUGGUCACUUGGGGCCUGGAGUGGAGUGAUCAGGAGAAAGGCCUCGAUGCGGACAUCGACGAAGAAGUCGCCAAAGCUGGUCUGACCGAGACCGUCACGAGCGUUAUGCACAACAUCCAGGAAGUCCUCAUCGAAUCUGAAUCCAUCAGGUCGGCUAGCUUGCCGCUCAGGAAGGCCGGAGAGCUGAUCACUGCGGACCCAGCGCCAUUCGAUGAAGCACGAUAUGAGGACUUGUUGAAGGAUCUGACGACAAGCAUCGAUACACUCUACGAUCUAUCAAUGUCAAGAAGAGCGAUCGCUCGUGGCGAGCAUCCCAAGUUUGAAGACCCGAUGACCGAGGAGGCUGCUGCGGCGGUCGAAGCUUCAAGUGGUAGUUCCAAGCAGAAGAGGAUACCGCGGAAAGCUUUGCAUGAGAAGUCGUUAUACGAGCCAAGCUUUGCCUCUUCUGCCACCACACUGAUCAACCCGCCUCCCUUCGAAAGGCCGGUGUUGUCUCCGUAUGCUGGUCUCCCUGCUAGGAUCGAGGCUUCGGCACUGCGUCUGCCCAACGAGGGUCCACCUCCGUAUGAGGCAAUCGGGGUUCCUUCCACAACACGAAUGAUUGCUCUUCUGGCGAGGAACAGGGCACCUGAGAGCGUUCAGCAGGCAACGGGUAGUCCAGCUCCAGAAGUCCCAGUCCUGAUCGAGUACGCCAGUUAUGACACAACAUAUCGCGAGACUGGCGUGCCUCCUCCAUUGCAGCGAUUGGAGGCCUUGGCACAAUUCUUGCAGCCGAUGCGCGCUGAGUCUCAGACCAAUCUGAGCCUGCUUGGGUACUUUGAGAAUUUGCAUCAACCGCGGAUUGGGCUGGUCUAUGAUUUGCCCUACUCCAUCCUGAACAAAGUGCCUGCACACAGGGCAUCUGAAGCUCUGAUGCCUUUGAGCCUCCUCAAGCUUGUACAGAAGUCGAACAGAACCCAAAGUCAGGCGCCGGAAGUACCGCCGCCAGCUUUAGAACAUCGUUUCCGCAUGGCGCUUCGCCUGACUGAGCAGCUACACUCUCUACACGCCCGCCAGAUCGCGCACGGCAACAUCAAUAGUAGCAGCAUCAUCUUCACUACCGCCAAGACCGACUCGGAUGCCGCCCGCCUGGACCACCUCAGAGCACCACUUUGGGCUUCAUUCGAUGUCUUCUCAAAAUGUACCGUUGAAGGCAUCAGACGAGAGCCCGCUUUCAACAUCUACAGACAUCCUCAUGAUGAACCGAACAAGGACAGCAGAGGGUUUCCAGUCGACUUGAAGUUUGAUCUAUAUGGUCUCGGCCUGGUUCUUCUCGAGGUCGGUCUGUGGACACCCAUCAGUGAGCUUUACAAGUCGAAGUAUACGAUUCCCGACUUCAAGCUGAGGCUUGAAAAGCUCUGGAUACCAAAGUUAGGAGCCAAAUGUGGAUCUGCGUACCAGCGUGCAGUCGAGACUUGUCUGCGACUCUCGGACGAUCCGGACAACUCUAGGCUCACUGUCGAAGGCAUCUACGGCAUACUACUACAGUUCUUGAAGCGCUGCUGCCUACUAGACGAUGUUGGCUCGUCCACAGAACUGAUACCAGUAUCAGAGCUGAUGUCUGCGCCGAACUCGCCAGCCAUGACCAUGUCAAGUGCUCCAUCCAGACGACAAAGACGCAGGAUAUCAGAGGCAAGCUCGUUGGCACGCGCACAGACUGAACCAAGUGAGCACGUGCCAUCACCCAAGAACCCACCGCAAAGGCACUACACAGCGCCAGUGCCUUCCCCUGCUGCUAUCGCCCGAUUAUCGUCCGCCGGCGUGGCUUCUUAUAAUGAGCCGCCGAUAUCUAGACAGUCGUCGCGAGCAAGUCAAUUGUCUCCAAGACCAAGUUUCAACGAGGUCCGAAAUCAGCUUGUAGAUGCUGGCAACCAGAUUAAGGAGGACGUUCAAUUCACGGCGUCAUCAACUUCCUUCAAGGACUUCAAACGGCGCGUCACUUUGAUACAACAGAAGUGGCGCGAGUGUCAGGCGUUCAAGGAGAAGAAGAGGACACAGCAAUACGUGCAACACCUCGAACAGCGACGUAGCAUCGAAGGACUCCGAGAAAAACGCUCGAGGCCGAAGCGCUACGAGUUUAGCACAGUGCCGGUCCCACCGGAAGCAUGGGACUACUUUCAGGAACACAUCGUAUCGCAGGUGAUGAACCUCAUGCAAAAAACUUUACCUAUCAAAGAGUCCAGCUCUAUCAACCUUGUCUCGUACGGCGAGACACCCGACACGACUAAGCCUACUGUGAUUGUCACCUGCGAGAAGCACGCAUCCAUGGCCAAGGCGAAGCACAUCCUGAAACGCCAUCUCAAGAUCGACAAGAACAUACUGGACAUUCGUGUUAAGCAAGACAUAGUCCGCCGCUGCAGACGUUCGAGACGUGAUCGCGCUAGCAAUGCUUCGAGGAGUAUGGCUCCCUGGCGGGAUCCAGAUGUUGUGAAGGCAGCCAAUGGAGAAUACCAACAACAGCCUGUAUGCGGUGCAUCCAUCGGAUCAUACAGGUACGACGAACAUUUACCGCCGGCAUCGUUCGGAGGUCUUGUUGUCGUUGACGGCACCACAUAUGGUAUGAGCGUGCAUCAUAUGCUCGAGCCCGAAGAAGCGAUAGAAGACGAACAGGAAGAAGACGCCGAGGAGGGCGCCGAUGACGAAUCGGAAACGUCUAGCCUUGGAGGAUCAGAUGAUGGAGACCUUUCUGAUGAGGACAACUUGAGCACAGUCCGGCCCGCAUCGACAAUAGAUGACGAGCCUAUGGCGUUGAAUGACACCGAUGGCGACUGUCCUGGCAUCACACCUGACGAUAUGGAAGAGAUAACAAUCACACAACCAGCCCUCGACGACGCCAUCGACUGCGAUCUACACGCAGAAGAAGAUGAAGACGACGACGACUCCGGCAUCGACGAAGACCACCUCCUCUCCUUCAAACUCGGCCUUGUGCACGCCUCCUCCGGCCUCCGCCGCACCGCCAAAUCCCACGAAGGCGGCUUCAAAUCCGUCUCCCAAUCCCUCCCCCAAGAAAUCGACUGGGCCCUCUUCGAACUCCUCCCACCCCGCACUCACCCCUUCAACCUCAUAACCGGCGGGCAAAAAUUCUGCUCCGCGAGCCCCGACCGCAAAGGCAACACCCUCCCCCAAACCUUCCAACCCAGCACCAACCUAUCCUGCAAAACCGUUUACUGCCUCGGCCGCACCUCUGGCCUCGGCCACGGCACAGUGUCGGCGAACAUGGUUCCCGUUAAGAUUCAUGGUCGGAGCACAUACUCCGCUUCCUGGACGGUCGCGGGGACGUUUGGGACGGGGGGCGAUUCAGGAGCGUGGGUGGUUGAUAGUGAGGAUGGGAAAGUGUGUGGACACGUUCUGGCGUCGAGGACGGGGCAGACGUAUAUUUGUCCGAUGGAUUUGUUGCUUGAGGAUAUCAAGCAGACGCUUGGAGCGCGGGAGGUGGUGUUGCCGGCUGUGACGGAGGUGGGAGGGAGUAGUAGGCCGAGUAGUAGCAGCAGUAGUAGUGAGCGGAAGGCUAUGCUUGCCGAUGCGAUCAAUAGGAUGAGGAUCGGCGAGGCGGAAGCUGCUGGUGGUGUUGCGAUACCUCCUUCGAGUAGUCCUGUGAGGGCACGAGAGGUGGAGCCUGUGGGAUAG